ACAUUCAAUAAUAACAAUAAAUCACAUAAUGAAUGUUUUGCAAUCAAGCUUUAUCACAUAAAUGUUGCUUAUGAAGGAUCCUGUCUCAUUGGCUGUUUUCUACAGAUACUCCAAACAUAAAUAUUGUCCAUAACAUGACAGCUGAGUGGAACUGGGAGCUUCCAGUCUAUCUGUCCUGUAGUGCAGAUGCGUAUCCUGCUGCAACUGACUAUAAAUGGUACAGAGAGGAGGACAACACCACCGUCCUGUCAGACCAGCAGAACUUCACAGUUCAACCUCAGAACCCAGGAACGUAUUACUGUACAGCAGCCAAUAGUAUCGGAAAAUCACGGUCCAAACACAUCGAGUUAUUUGUCAGUAACCCUGUUAAGGUGCUCUACCAGAUCAUUUUACCUAUCAUUCUCCUGUUGAUUCUCAUUGCUGUGGUCAUCUUUCUGAUACGCAGGACUAUCAACAAGGCAAGACUAGAUCAGCAAAGUGGAGCAGAUUAUCCACUGUGUUUUUUCCCAGUAUUCCUGUCACGCUCUUCUACAGUGGCAAACUUACUUUUAUUGGGAUCACAAAACAACACCCGGGAGAAUCUGUCAAUGGAAGACAUUCCUGAUCCAGUUCAUGGAAGCGUUAAUCAAUCACAUCCAAACACCCCAUUCCCAAGAUCCUACACAAGCACAGGACCUCAAUCCAAGGACGAAAUCUAAUAUCCACACUGUGUAUUCUGCCAUUACACUGCCACCAAUGAAACAGGGAAAACGUUCCCCAAAACCACAAAAACCUGGAUAUAUGGACAAUGACUUAUAUACAUCUACCUUAAAUUAUGUCACUCUUGAUUUCAAGGAACAAAAUGAAGGCAAAAAGAGCACCUGAAGAUUCAGCAGUCUAUGCCAUGGUGUCAAAAAAUAAGCCAAAGAAUUCCCAAUCAGAACAUAACGAUUAUGAGAAUGUUUCUUCUGCAUGUGCCUCAAGACUUCCAGCCAACAAUAUAGACUGGGAAUCUGAUACCAGUGAA